AUGAAGGGCUCAGAGCGUUUGCUGCUGCUGCUGGUGGUGGUGGCAUCAUCGUCGUUACUGUCCGCCGUGAUUGCUGCGCAGCAGACUUGCCCUGCCGACCUCGACAGCAAAUGCGAUGGUGGCGCGUCUGAUGAUUGGGAGGGGGAGUUCUUCCCCGGCGUCCCGAAAAUCAAGUAUGAGGGUCCAACCAGCAAGAACCCUCUUGCUUAUAAGUGGUAUAAUAAGGAGGAAGUGAUUCUCGGGAAGAAGAUGAAGGAUUGGAUGCGCUUCAGUGUUGCGUUCUGGCACACAUUCCGUGGUACUGGCGCCGAUCCUUUUGGUGCCCCUACAAAGGUUUGGCCUUGGGAGGAUGGCACCAAUUCAUUGGCCAUGGCUAAGAGAAGAAUGAGAGCUCACUUUGAGUUCAUAGAGAAGCUGGGAGUUGACAAAUGGUGCUUCCAUGAUAGGGAUAUUGCCCCGGAUGGGAAAACUCUUGAAGAAACAAAUGCUAACUUGGAUGAGAUAGUUGAGCUGGCAAAGCAGCUCCAGGGUGAGACCAAUAUCAAGCCAUUGUGGGGUACCGCACAGCUCUUUAUGCAUCCACGUUACAUGCAUGGAGCUGCUACUAGCCCAGAGGUUAAAGUAUAUGCUUAUGCGGCUGCACAAGUUAAGAAAGCUUUGGAGGUCACUCACUACCUAGGUGGUGAAAACUAUGUGUUUUGGGGUGGAAGAGAGGGUUACCAAACUCUUCUGAAUACUGAUAUGAAGAGAGAACUUGACCAUCUGUCUAACUUUCUUCAAGCUGCUGUUGACUACAAGAAGAAGAUCGGAUUCAACGGAACACUGUUGAUAGAGCCUAAACCGCAGGAACCUACAAAACACCAGUAUGACUGGGAUGUUGCAACUACGUUUGCUUUUCUACAGAAGUAUGGUCUUACAGGAGAGUUCAAGAUUAAUGUUGAGUGCAACCAUGCUACUCUAUCUGGACAUAGCUGCCAUCAUGAACUUGAGACUGCACGGAUUAAUGGGCUGCUUGGAAAUAUUGAUGCAAACACUGGUGAUCCUCAAGUUGGUUGGGACACAGAUCAGUUCAUGACAGACAUUGCAGAGGCUACCUUGGUUAUGUCGAGUGUAGUUAAGAAUGGUGGACUUGCACCUGGUGGUUUCAACUUUGAUGCCAAAUUGCGGAGGGAAAGUACUGAUGUUGAGGACAUGUUUCUUGCUCAUAUCUCCGGAAUGGACACCCUGGCUCGUGGCCUCCGCAACGUUGCCAAGCUGAUUGAGGAUGGUUCCCUAGAUGAUCUUGUCCGCAAGAGGUACCAGAGCUUUGACAGUGAGAUUGGCGCCUUGAUUGAGGCUGGGAAAGGAGACUUCGAGACACUAGAAAAGAAGGUUCUAGAGUGGGGUGAGCCCACUGUUCCAUCCGGCAAGCAGGAACUGGCGGAGAUUCUGUUCCAGUCUGCUCUGUAG